AGUAUAAAAUUAGAAACCCCUAGGUAGAAGUACUAAUUUUAAUUACUAAUUUACAAAACAUAUUUUUAUAAUUUUCUCUUUUGUUUCAGUAAACAAUGGAUAAAUGCAAACCAGCUGUCUGUCGUCAACUAUUCUCAAAAGAUGAGGAACUUUUAAAUUCCACAAAAACAAAGGAUGAAUUCAAGAAAGAUCAGGAUGAUUUUAAGAGAAAAUACAAUUAUGAUCCUAUUGAAGAUAGACCUAUUCCUGGCUUAUUCAAAUAUAGAUUCGAUGAAGUUAAAGGUGUAUGGAUAGGUAAAGCUCAAGCAUCGUCUGAUAAAAAUGAAGUAUCCGUAGAAAAUAAUUUAAUUUAUGAUAAAAUAAUAGAAACCAAAGAUAAUGAAACAUGUGAUGUAGAAAAUAACGAAGGACCAAAUGUUGAAAUAGAAGAUGAAAGAGAAAGCAUUAAUGAAAGUAAUUGUUCUAGGAAAGAUAAAGAUUUAUUUAGUUAAUUCUGUUUUAACAUGAUGGUAUUCCAAAACUUAUAAAUAUGUAAAUAAAUUAUCUUUAAAUCUGUACUACAAAAUCUGUGUGUAUAUCUUCAAUCGAUUUGAAUGUUAUUUAUUAUAAAACUAAUUAUUUUAAAUUAUAAUUUGUUAUUGGUAUACUUUGUUUACAAUUGGACUAGUUUUAUGACGACUUUAUUAAUUUAAUAAGAAGAUAGUUUCAAGAUAUGGAAAGG